AUACGCACUUUCUAGAUUAUCAAAUUGGAAGCAGGCGAUUUUCCUUCAAAACGCUGGCGAAGGAUCCUCAGACGUAUAAGGUAUGUUUAUUCGGUGAUCUUGGAUAUUUUCAUGGUAAUUCCACCGAAAGCUUGAUAAAGAAUGGUCUCGCUGGAAAAUUCGACUUUAUUAUUCACCUCGGAGACAUAUCCUAUGAUUUGCAUACUAAUAAUGGAGCAAAUGGUGACAACUACAUGAACCAGCUUGAACCACUGCUAUCUAGGGUGCCAUAUAUGGUGAUUGCGGGAAAUCAUGAAGAUGAUGGAAAGAACUUCACAGAUUACCAGGAACGAUUCUGGAUGCCUCACAAUGGCUAUCAUGACAAUCAGUUUUACAGCUUCGAUCUCGGGCCAGUGCAUUGGGUUGGUGUCAGCACGGAGUACUAUGGAUUCUAUUAUCUGUAUGGACAGGGACCAGUGCUGACGCAGUACGCUUGGCUCGAAAAUGAUCUAAAGGUUAGUUCAAUCGUACAGAGACGCAGAAACAAUCCACAGACUUGA